AUGAGACAGACUUACUCAGCAGCGCCAAAUACCACUUUCAGCGGUCUGGACCUUCUGGUUGCUGACAGUCGACCUAGUCGGAAUGCGGAUUUCACCCUGAUGGAAUUCGCUAUGCGUACCUGUGAAGAGCUAUCCAUUGAUUCCGGUGGGUCAACCACGAAGAUGCACUGGUCUCUGGAUGACAUAUGUGGAAGACUUGCUGCAGUGCCAUUUAUCUGGGGGGAAGGUCCGGCUGCUACUGGCGUGUUCACUGUUCGAGGUCCGCUAGGUUCUCCGGUACUCUGGAAAAUAUUGCGUAUCCUGCGACAAGUGGCCGGGGAAGACGUAGACAUCGGUACCGAAAGCCCGGAUUGUGGCUGGAUAGUCUGGGCCGCUUAUUACGUGUCAUCACAGGAUUUGGGGUGCAAAUAA